AUGAAGAGAAAUCAAAAGCUUGCAUUAGUGACAAUUGGUGGAUCUGCAAUAGCUGCAGCAGCGUUUUACUAUUUUUACAAAAGAAGAUAAAAUAUUUAAUAUAGAUAUUAAUCAAUAUUGAAAUCAUUUAGUUAGUAGGUUUUUACAUGUGAUCAAUUUUAACUCAAUAACAUGAGCCUUAAGUUCGAUUAACUAAUUCAUCUUGCAACAUACGAUGAAAGUGAUAACCAGCGUACGUUAGCUGAAAAAUUAGAAUUUUAGUAAAAAGAUUAAUUAGAGAAUGAAGGAAAUUGUAAGAAGGGUUUCAGAUAAGGCUCAUAAUUUUAUGAAUGUCUUGAUUGCUCACUUAUUAGAAGAGAAAUCUAGAAAACUAAAAAAUCUAUAGAGGAAGAUUAGUUUUACUUAGCUUUAUGCGAAGAAUGUUUUUUGACUCCCUAGCACAAAGGUCAUAGAUAUAAAAAGAUUGAAGGAGGAGAUACAAUAUAAUUUAAGUGCCACUGUGGUGAGUCUAACAUUAUGGAUAAAAAUUGCUUUUGCAAUAAUCACAGAGGAUUCGAAAAAUCGAAAGGUUUUUUUGAAAAAGAAUACUUAACUAAUACAAAGUUGUGGAAAGGAAUCGAAGUUUUCUUUUUAGAUAUGUUUCACUUAUUAUUUGAUAAUAUGGUUGAUUUAAUAAAGAUGAACGAAAAUGGGAGAGUUAUUGAUGAAAAUCAAAAAUAAUCAAACAAUAUGUAAAAGAAAAAUAAAAAAGAUUGUAUCACAUUAGAAUAAUACAAGCAUAGAACUGAAAGAAUCAACUUUAUUUUGAGACUGAUCUUAAACAAAUUUAAUGAGUUAUUAGAAAUUAAUCCUAAUAUAAUUCAUUUUAUCCCUAUUAUAUUCUCAAAGACCCUUAAAAAGCCCAUCGCUUUGCAAUUCAAAAGAUUAGAUAAGAUCAUUCCUGAUAAAUGCAAGUGGGCAAGAAUUUUCAAAGAAUAAAAGGAGAUAAAUAAUGAUUUAACUAUUUAUGAAUAUCUCCUUCUUUCAUAUGAAUUGGUAGAUGACUAAAAUGAUGAAAUAGUGGCUGAAAUUUUAAGGGCUGCGUUAAAAGUAAACAAUACAUUUUAUUUAACACUUUGCGAAAAGUUUAUGAAAAUGUUUGCUUUUUCAUGUAGAAUUUAGAAUGCUAUUGUAAAAAAUGGUAAUUAUAAUGUAGGCUUCUUUCCAUCUCUUUCUUAUCUUGUAAUUGACUACAUUUCAUUUUAGAGUACUUUUGAUCAUUUAAUUGAAACUUUAGGUGAUGAUAUUUUAGGUCCUUUGAGCUACUUAAACGCCUAUCUCUCAGCUAAAUCAAGUGUAAUUUCAGAUUUUGAUGAAUAGUUAUAUAUUUUAUUAAAUAUUUGCUUUGAAAUGCUUAGGUUCGUAAAUCAACUUAAGGUACUGUUUUUAAAGUACCCUGAAGGAAUAAUAUCAAAUUUGUAUAAAAUUUGUUUUGCUUUGUUUACAAAUAAUAGCAUUUAGAUUAAUUAAGAAAUUUCAAAAAAUUUACCAGAAAAUAUUAAGCAAAAGCUCUAAAAAAUGUAUGUAUAUAGCCAGUAUAGAUAAAUAGAGAAAAUUAUGAUUUUUGCAUUUGUGAACAUCUGCGAAGGCUUGCUACUGAUUAAUAAUGAGGAAUUGAUACAAAAAGUUCUGCCUUUAUUUGUUCAUUAUUUCUAUUUAGGAGUGCAUAAUUCUCAAUUAUUUUUAAAUAAUUUAGCAAAACAAAAAAUAGAAUUUUGCAGUUUUUCUGCUACAAUUAUUAGUCAUUUACCUUUACUUGUAGCUCUUUCAGAAAGAAAAAUGUUCUCUGAAUCGGUUGUUAAAAAUUUUUUUGCAAAAAACUUUAAGUUUAAAACCGAGCAAGAUAGAAAAAAUUUCUUUAGAAGCUUACAUUUAAUAGCAUCUAAAUUCAUAAUUAUUAAUAGUGAACCUGGAAUAAUGAGCUAAACAGAAGUAUGGCUUUUGAUGGUAAAUAAUAAUUAAUUUAACUAAGGUUUAAAAUCAUUUAUGUAAGCUCUGAAAGACUUUUUAUUUUUACCAUAUUAUAGAAUAUAUGACUUUUUUACUCUUACUCACUCGUUAAUUUUGUUGGCAGAUGAUUAACCUUUCAUUUCUACUCCAGAAAGUUUAAUUUCUAGAUACUUAUAAGGCUGCGAUAAUUUAAAGCAAAAUAAUGAUCUAACGUAAUUAAUAAAAAAUUAUUAGUUUUUUUAUAUCCUAUGUUAGAAUUUAAUAGAUUCUACUCCUUUCUAUAAUGUUUUUUCAAAAUGUCAUGAUUUAUACUUCCCAGAGCUAAGUUAAAAUGAUGAAAAUUAAAAAAUAUUUUAGCAAAACAUUAAUGAGAUAAUCAUUACCUGCAUAAAUUAAUAAGGAGACAAGAAAAUAUAUAUAAAAGAUGUUGAAUAGUUUUCUAAAAUUAUUCUUGAUUAAACUAAUUUAAUAGAAAGCAAUAUCUAACAAGUUUGUACUUUUGAGGAUUAGAGCUAAAACAUUUAAUCUUAGUAUCUGAAAAUUUAAAAUGGAUAUAAGCAAAAACUAUACUAUAGACACUUACUAAGGGUGAAAGAAGGUUUGGAAGACCUCUGCAUAGUGGCUUCAGAUGUAAACAAUCAAAAUUAUUCAAUUUUAGGAAGUGAUUUUAAACUCUAAAAUUUAUUCCCUUAUCAAAGAGAAAUUUACAAGAAAUUGAUUUUAAAUGAAGAAUUUAUUGGUUAAAUUGUAUCAAUAAAUUUAAAUGCAGAAACUAAACCAGCAUUUUUCUCAGCAAUUAAUCACAUAAUUCUUCUAGCAAUUUAGUUAAUCUAAUCGAAAAGUGAAUUAGAAUUAUUUUCUGAAGAAGAAAUUACAAAAAUUGAAAAAAUUGAAUCAAUCUUAAAAAAUGAAUAACUAAAAGAAAAAUACAUGAAUGUUAAUAAUAACUUAAGCGCAGCACAAAAAUAGGAUUUAUAAUAUACGAUGAAAAUAAACUAAAUGAUUUCAGAAUACUUAAAUCAAAAAGAAUGA